AUGCGCUGGUGGGGUCUGUUCCUCCUCCUGGACCUCGCCAGGGCUAGUGAAGCAGAUGUUGGGGAUGACCCCUUCCUGAAAUGCUUCCUGGAUCCAGACUACAGGGAGCUAAUGGACAUCAUAAACCAGGGUCUCAACCAGACAACACGGCCCCAGCGGGUGGCAGUGGUGGGGGCUGGCAUAGCCGGGCUGGUGGCGGCCAAGGUCCUGGAGGAUGCUGGACACAAGGUAACUCUGCUGGAGGCCAGCGACAGAGUUGGGGGACGGAUCCUGACGUACAGGGAUGAGAAGACAGGCUGGCUAGGAGAACUAGGGGCCAUGAGGAUACCAUCCAGCCACAGGAUCCUCCUAAGGCUCUGUGCCCGCCUGGGCCUCCCCCUGGCCCAGUUCAUUCAGUUUGACAUGAACGCAUGGACCGAAGCAAAUGGAGUGAAGCUGCGGAACUUUGUGGUCGAGGCAGCCCCUGAGCAGCUGGGCUACCCACUGCGGCCCUCCGAGCAAGGCCGGUCACCGGAGGUCAUUUAUCAGAUGGCCCUGGACAAGGCCCUAUAUGACCUCAAACACCUAGGCUGCUCCCGGAUGAUAAAGAAAUUUGAAAGCUACACUCUUCUGGACUACCUCCUAGGAGAAGGGAACCUAAGUUUGGCCGCUGUCCACCUCCUGGGAGAUGUGCUCGCCGAGGAUGGCUUCUUCUCCCUCAGUUUUGCGGAGGCCUUACGGACCCACAGCUACCUCAGUGACCAACUCAGGUACUGGCGCAUCCGCAACGGCUGGGACCAGCUGCCCCGUGCCCUUCUGCUCUCCCUGACAGGUCCAGUCCUGCUCCAGGCCCCCGUGGUCCAGGUGGCCCAGAAUCGUAAAGGUGUCUCCAUCCUCUACCGUGACCCCCAGCAGCCCUCGCACCUGCUGUCCCUGGAUGCUGAUCGCAUCCUACUGGCCACCACUGCCACAGCCCUGAGCCACAUUCAUUUCCAGCCACCACUCCAACCCGCCCUCCGCCGGGCACUCCGCAACAUCCACUAUGUUCCGGCUACUAAGGUCUUUCUCAGUUUCCGGAAGCCCUUCUGGGAGGACGAGGGCAUCAUGGGGGGACACUCAUCCACUGACCGCCCAAUCCGUGCUCUUUACUACCCACAAAGCAGCGGGGGGGAGGAUGGUGGCCUCCUGCUUGCAUCCUACACGUGGUCAGAUGCCACAGCAGCCUUUGCAGGCUUGGGGGAGGAAGAGACCCUACGCCUGGUGCUGGAAGAUGUUGUCGCCCUCCAUGGCGAGAGGGCAAGGGAGCUCUGGGAUGGGCGAGGGGCCGUGAAGCGCUGGGGGGAAGACCGCUACAGCCAGGGCGGUUUUGUGACACAGCCCCCACAGCCCAGACCUGAGCAGGCCAGAGACCCCAAACAGGAGAAGCCUUGGCACUGGGACUGGACACGGGCUGAGGGCCGCCUGCACUUUGCUGGGGAGUACACAGCCCUCCCCCAUGGAUGGGUGGAGACAGCCAUCAAGUCAGGGCUACGGGCAGCCCAGAAGAUACACAGGGCUAUCUAG